CAUGAAACUAAUCAUUAAAAAGCUAAUGUAAAAUCAUUAUUCUUUCGCUAAACGUGACUAUGCUAAUUUUAUCAAACUAUAUAUUCUAUUGAGGGUAUAUAAAACGAUAUACGAGACUGCGUAAAGACAACAUAUUCCAAUUGUAACGUUACAAUCAUGUUGCGAAGAUCCUUAUUCAUGUGCACCAGAAAUUAUGCUAAUCAAGCAGCUAUUCAAAAGAAACAAAGCCCUUUGAUGAAAAGGAUUAUAAAUGAGUUCGACAAUUACGUUCCAAAAGUAAUUGAUGAAAGCUUAGCGAAGGUGACCUUUUCGCCGGAGGUAAAAGACAGAAUUAAAAAGGCAUCAGAAUAUUACACAGUUGGAAGAAAUCCAGUGCAAGGUGAAUUCAUGUUGUUGGCUUUCGAAUCAAUGAAUCAGGAUUUGAAGAUAACGGAUGAGUUGAUACAUCAACUAGAAGUGGUUGUUGCAACCGUCGAGAUGGUACAGUCGUAUUUCUUCUUUUGGGACGACUUAGAAGACGAAGCUAAAACCCGUCUAAACAAACCUUGUUGGCAUUUGAUAGAUAACAUCGGUAUGAUGGCUUUUAAUGAUGCCUGUAUCCUGAGAACUUUUAUCGAUGAGGUGGUAAGACAAAACUUUAACUUGGAAAUGCGUGACAAAAUCCUGAAUGUUUAUCAUCAAGUAUAUUUUAACGCCUCCGUGGGUCAACAUUUAGACGCUGAAAUAGCAAGAUCCAAAAACUUUGACAAUUAUACAAUAGAAAAAUAUAAUACGAUUAAUACAUGGAAAUCAUCGUUCUAUGCAAUCAAGUCACCACUUCUGUUGGCACUAACUCUUAGUAAGAAAUUGAAUAAUGAGUCUAUUGAUAUUGUUGAAAAUAUAGCUUUCGAUAUUGGUAUAUUAAUUCAAUGUCAUAACGAUUUGAUUGAUUACUUCAAUACUAAAGGUAAAGUCACCGGAAAAACUGGAUCAGACAUUCAGAUGGGCAAAUGCUCAUGGGUGGCUGCCGCGGUUCUAGAGAACUGUAGUGCAGCUCAGCGGCGCAUCUUCACAGAAAACUACGGCAGUUCGGAUCCAGAAAAAGUUAAUCGUAUUCUUCAAUUAUACGAAGAGGUAGACGUUGAAAAUCUUUACAAACAAGAGGAACAGAAACGAUUCGCAUUAUUUAAUAAAAAAGUAACAGAGUUGCCAAAGAACUCCGCACUUUCUGCGGAAUUCUAUAAGACUUUCUAUAAUUUGGUUAAUUAUUAUACCCAAGACGUUUUAACUUUAAUGUACGACAAAUAUUAAAUUUUAUUCAUAUAAAAUUAUAGUUCGUCUCAAAAUGGUUAAUGCUUUUAUAAUUAUCUACGUUCAGUUAAAAAUUUCUACUAUCUGUUGUUAUGUUGUAUCC